AUGGGCCCCGUACCGCCUCUCAUGCUGCUGCCAGGCCCGUAAUCUGUCAUGGGCCCCUGUACCGCCUCCUCAUGCUGCUGCCAGGCCCGUAAUCUGCCAUGGGCCCCCGUACCGACUCCUCAUGCUGCUGCCAGGCCCGUAAUCUGUCAUGGGCCCCUGUACCGCCUCCUCAUGCUGCUGCCAGGUCCAGAGUGUGUCAUGGGCCCCCGUGCCGACUCCUCAUGCUGCUGCCAGGCCCGUAAUCUGUCAUGGGCCCCUGUACCGCCUCCUCAUGCUUCUGCCAGGUCCAGAGUGUGUCAUGGGUCCCUGUACGGCCUCCCAUUGCUGCUGCCAGGCCCGUAAUCUGCCAUGGGCCCCCGUACCGACUCCUCAUGCUGCUGCCA